CCUAUAGGCCAAUUACACAAAAGUGCAGAUGUGGUCACUUUUCUAUAUAUAAAGUUGGAAUUCCCUCAAUUUUAACAUCUCAGAAACAAGUUAAAGGUUGCUUUUUCAAAAGAGUUUAUUUAACUUGUUUAUUUAUCGUUCUCUUUUUUUUGAAUACACAUUUUUUGUAAAGCUAAAUAACAAUGGCUGAAGAAGAACAUCAAAUCGACUUUGAAGGUGGUGAAGCCGGCGCCUCCUUGACCUUCCCUACUCAAUGCUCUUCUUUGCGUAAGAACGGUCACGUUGUCAUCAAGGGCCGCCCUUGCAAGAUUGUGGAAAUGUCCACCUCCAAAACUGGUAAGCACGGUCACGCUAAGGUCAACAUUGUCGCUGUUGAUAUCUUUACCGGCCGUAAGUACGAAGAUGUAUCUCCUUCCACCCACAACAUGGAAGUUCCCGUUGUUAAGCGUGAUGACUACCAAUUGGUCCACAUUGACGAUGGCUUCUUGUCUCUCAUGACUUCUGACGGCAGCACCAAGGAUGAUGUUCGUAUUCCUGAGGGUGAAAUUGGCCAACAAAUCGAAGAAGGCUUCGAGGAGGGCAAGGAUUUGAUUGUCUCUGUCGUCUCUGCCAUGGGUGAUGAAAUUCCUCUCAGUGUUCGUGAGGCUCCCUCCAGCUCUUAAACUGGACAUCACCGUGUAUGCGUAGUGGAUGCAAAGCUACCGUCAAAUUGUAUAUGUUACCAUGUAGGUAAUGCCGAUAGAAGGGUAGACGAUUCCUUUGCAUGUCAUCCAAGGAGUAUGACUUUGGAGGUGGAUGUUUCCAUCUUUUUUAGUUGUUGACGCUCAUACAUGUUUCUUGUUAUUACGAAUUUCUUAAUGGAUGGAUAGGUCAAAUAAAAAUGGAAUCACAUACGUUAGAUGAUGAGCAUAAUGAAUCAUUGUAAUAUUAAAGUAGAAUGUUG